AACAGACUCCAAAGUACCACUUCCACCACUCGGACACCUGCCCACAGAUUUACUCUCCCUUGGCAAUGUGGUGCAGUCGUAUGGCACUGCGUCGGCUCCAGCGGAUCGCUGUUACUCCUUUGAAUAUCACUGGAGGUCUCACGAGCAACGUGCGGAGGGAGAUGGCAACCCUUCCACGGGUGUAUGUCACCCGACAGAUCCCACCCGAGGGGCUGAAGAUCCUCCGCGAAUCUGGACAGGUGCAGAUUGAGCUGUGGGACUCUGACGACGCCCCCGUACCCAGGAAGGAGCUGCUCCAGAAGGUCAAAGGUGUUGACGCUCUGCUCUGCGUGCUGACAGAGAAGAUUGAUGCAGAGUUGCUGAACGCUGCAGGCCCAAACCUGAAGGUCCUCAGUACCAUGUCGGUGGGUUUUGACCAUCUCUCUUUGGAGGAGCUGAAGAAAAGAGGUAUCCGUGUGGGUUAUACCCCCGAUGUUUUGACAGAUUCUGUGGCGGAGCUGACUGUGGCCCUGCUGCUCACAACCUCCAGGAGGCUCAUAGAGGCCACACAUGAAGCCAAGACUGGUGGCUGGGGCACAUGGAGAACAUUAUGGCUGUGUGGAUACGAGCUGGCCAACAGCACUGUGGGUAUCCUGGGCCUGGGGAGGAUCGGUGUGGCGAUCGCUGAGCGUCUGGCACCUUUCAAAGUAAAGAAGUUCAUCUACACAGACGUGGCCCCCAGGCCUGAGCUGGCCAGUCUCAUCAAUGCAGAGUACGUUUCUUUCGACGAGCUGGCAAAGCAGUCAGAUUUCCUGAGUGUGUGCUGCGCUCUAACACCGGAGACAAAGGAGAUCUGCAACAAGGACCUCUUCUCCAAGAUGAAGAACACCUCCAUCUUCAUCAACACAAGCCGAGGUGGUGUGGUGAACCAGGAGGACCUGUAUGAGGCUCUGUCCACUGGGCAGAUAGCAGCAGCUGGGUUAGAUGUCACCGUUCCUGAGCCUCUUCCCACAAGCCACCCACUGUUUACCCUCAAAAACUGUGUGAUUCUCCCACAUAUCGCUAGCGCCUCCUAUUCUACCCGUAAUGCCAUGUCGGCCCUGGCAGCAAACAACCUGCUCCUCGGCCUGCGAGGUGAGCCGAUGAUCAAAGAACUCAAACUGUAGGAAGAAACUGGCUCCACUCUGACGACUGGUUGCAUACUGGACCCUCAGUUUCCACUCAUGUACCCCAUUAUUCUUUAGAAGAUUAAAAAUAAAACAAGAACUUUAAAUGUA